ACCAGAGGCCUCGAGAGCGUCCAAUCGACCGGAAGUCAUUCAUUUUCUAUGACAGCCAGCGUCUCUCGCGGCGAGUCUUGGGCGUUGUGGGCCUCAGAAGAAAGUUCAAGUGCAGCCAAUAUUAUAGUAAUGAGCUUUGACGCGGUUCGGCGGCAACAUUUGGAAUAUAGAAGUGCUCCGCUCUAGCGAAGUCUGGAGAGCGCAACAGUGUAAACUUUGGUUCCCACCAAACAUUAGUUCCGAAGACAAAAUGGAGGAGAAAAGUAGUAUUGCCGUGGCGGGUUACCCCGUAAUAUUUGAUCUGUCCCUGUUUGCUUACAGGGAUAUAAAUAAAAUAAAACAACGAUGCGUGGACAAAGGUGUCUGAAAUUGUUGGAGUGCCAGAACGUUUAGAUUUUGGGAGACCAUGGAGACAGAGUUGAACUCCUUCCAUGUGGAGUUCCCUGACUUUUCCUGUUCCCUUCUGAAGAAACUGAACCAGCAGCGUCAAAGGGGUCAACUGUGUGACCUCAUCGUGUCCAUAGGUGGCCAUCAGUUCCGGGCUCACCGCGCCGUGCUGGCCGCCAGUUCGCCGUACUUCUGUGAUCAGGUGCUGCUGAAGAACAGCGCCCGGGUGGUUUUGCCAGAUGUCAUGCAUCCUGGCGUCUUCGAGCAGCUACUCUUGUCCUGCUACACAGGAGCGCUCUCUGUGCCAUCCGGCGAGGUGGUGGCCUUCCUCACUGCUGCAAGCUUCCUGCAAAUGUGGCACGUGGUUGACAAAUGUACUGAGCUUCUAGAAGUGGGACAUAAGAAAAGCAACCGUGGCGGGCAUUUUGAAUAUGGUACGUCUCCGAGGGUGGACGAUUAUGGCACGGAUAACGAGGAUGAAGGCCGGACCUCAUGUCAAGAGGAAGAUCUAGUUAAAGACGGGAUUUCAAUUCCUGUUUUACAAAGUGCUAGUUGCUCUUCUCCGGAAGAUCCGUGCAGUGAGAAUGGAUUGGAUGCUAUGGAGAAUCAGUGCUCGAGACCUGCCUAUGUACCACCGAGCAUUAUGGGACACAGGAAAAAGGUGCAUGUGAAAGCAGAGAGGACCAAUCGAGAACCCUGUCUGUUUGGCGACGAGUCCACCGUAGUAGCUAAUACGGACCAGAACUGUCACACUCCAAAUAUCGUUGAGGAUUGUUUUGAUGAGAAACUAGUGAAACGUCUUGAGGAGUGCUUGGAUAGAGAUUGCUCCUACGAAGAGCCCUUGGACUUCUACGGAACCUCCACGGAAGGCUUUUCGCAAGCUGCGGACGAGAACCCCAACCUAACAUCCAAGGAUAAACAGCCACUAGAUGGAGUUACGGUUGUUGCUAAAGACGAGGAGGCCUCAGCCCACAGUGACAGUGGCCUAAACGAGCAAACGUCUCACUCUGGGUUUGCCUCUGUGGUUUAUAAGCUCUAUCCGUGUCAGUGUGGCAAGAGCUUCACGCACAAAAGCCAGCGAGACCGCCACAUGAGUAUGCACCUGGGUUUACGGCCAUUUGGGUGUGCCGUUUGUGGCAAAAGCUUCAAGAUGAAGCAUCACUUGGUGGGCCACAUGAAGAUCCACACUGGUAUUAAACCGUACGAGUGCAGCAUGUGCGCGAAACGUUUCAUGUGGAGAGACAGCUUCAACCGCCAUACCUCCACAUGUGCAAGGGCCCACCAGAAACGACGAAACAGAGUGGAACCCGCCUCCUUGUAAGAGCGCAUGAGAGGGUGUCAUUACCAGAAUGCCAAACCAAUCCACAGCCUAGAGUAAAGAUAGAGAUUCUUUGGUUACUAUUUAAAAUAAGCACCUCAAUUUUGAACAAAGGGCCUCUGGGAGAUUUUGUUCAGGUGUACCUCAGAAAACACAAAGGCUGCAUCUGAAAUUGUGAACUGUCAGAAUAUGCACCGCAUUUGAUGAAGAACAUACUUCUUCAUCCGGGAAUGUGGGCAUUGUCUCGUGACCUGAAUAUAUACUGUAGUAAUAACCACGAAAAUAAUUUACUUUGGUCUUGCUAAACAAGUACAAUUUACAAACUAUCUUGAUAUAUAACAUUUAAGCCCAAAGUAUACUUAGAUUUUGACGCAAACGUUCAGCGUCUACAUACAGAAAAAAGUUUUUUACCUUUGUCUCCUGUUGCUUAGCAGGGAUUACAUCUUCUUCUAACACAUCUUCAUGACAACAAAGGCUCAAAUGUGAGUGUUGCCACCUUGUGGACACACUAAUUAGUGCAAUUAAUUCCAGGCGCAUGAGCAUUCUGCACUAUCAAAGAUGUGCGGUUAGAAAAAUUGGGCUGUGUUUGUUCAGCGCCCUGCUGAUGACAAGAUUUGCGGCACGCAUCCUGUACGUGGACGCUCAGCGUUUGCGUGUGGCCGAAGUAAACUUUGGGCUUUACAGUUGAAUAGAGACUUGUGGUUUCUCCUGAUGGGAUGGUUUAAACUUUUAAGUCAACAUGAAAGCAAAAUUGACCCUAUUUACUUUCUUAAUUCACUCUGCAUAUUUCUUCAGUGCAUACUAUUCCAAAAUGUCAUAGCUGUAAAAACUGUAAUGCAAAAAAAGGCUCUGCCUCUGAAACGGCAUUCCUCGUUGGCUGACAUCACCUAGAUUUAGUCAUUGUUUUAGGUUACUGUUGGAGUUAAUAUAAUCAUUCUGAAAUCUUGCUACUUUAGUUGACACAAUUUAAUUUUGCUGAAAGGUGCUGUAUGUAAGAUUCAGAAACCCUUGUUAUUAUUGACACCUGUGGCCGUUAAGUGAACUGCAGCAGUUACCUGUUGCUCGUGCUCCAUAGGGACUCAAGCGAGCGAGCAUCCAAAACAAUGACGUAACAUACAAAGAUACUGAACGUGAUUCACUGACAUCGUGCUGACAGAUGAGGUAGCAUAAUUAAAAUUACACAGUUAUGAUUGAUUUACUACAAACUUUGAGAAUAAACUAAAACUACUUAUCAGCUAACAUAGCGAUAGCAUACUGAUACACACAUACAGCUACAUACUACUGAACAAUACCAGACAGUUUACUGUUGCACUGCAGAUAUGUUGCACUAUUGUAUGUUUUGUGUGUCACAUGUUGUACUGCGAAUAAGAAACCAGCGUAUUUGCUUAAAUUUAUCCUGUGUACCUGACUUUUAGCAUAAAGAGAUAAGUAGAGGUAGAUUGCAAUUCGUCAGCAUUAGCAGGCAAGAUCAAGUUAGCUAAAAUGAUACAGAUCAAUCCUUAUGGCACUAUAUUUCACAUGAUUUACAGUUAUGUAAGCUUACCUGUCCAAUAAGAAGAACACCAAUUGAGGGUCGGGUUUGACCCCCAAAACUGAACGAAGGUUCCUCCAGGAAUCAAAUGCCCUGCCGAUGUUCACUCUAGUUUUCGCUCGACCACGAUCGUGUUCCUGCUUAGCCAGAUGGGAUUCAGUAGAUAAAUGUUAGUUUUUUUGGCUUACUCUGAAUUUGUGUAGGAGUCGGUGUUGUGCCGGGAGCCGGACGUUUGCUGUAUUCCACCUUGAAGAUAACGUUACCUACUGUUACAGUUUGUUGUCGCUGUUGAAUGGCGGAAGAGAAGCUAUUACUGUCUGAUGCAAGGCUCUCGGGAGAGCGCAUAAACGUCACAUCCUUUGGAUUUUCCCGGCAAAAGCAUCCCGCUCCCUUCACAUGAAAAUCAGUCUACAGGCUUUAAUAGGCAACCUUGGAAGUCCGGGAAGGGCUCGUUUUUUAGUUGUGUUACAAGCCGUUCACACAUUGGCAAAAAAAAGGCAAAUAUUACAUUAAUUGUUACAUAUUGCACCUUAAUGUAAUGAAAGUUACUACAAUAAUAGCAAGUUACAAUUGGAUUAGAAAAAGUGUUACCAUUAGAAUGAUUUUGUAGUCAAGUACUCUGCCUCUAACCCACAUUAAAUGAGUAAUUCAUUACUCGUUAAAUAAAAUGCAAGUUCAAAUGUAAAAAGUAUAACACGUACGUGAAAUUUCGAUUUAGUUGAUUCACAAACGCUACCAAGAACUGUUUCAAAAUAAGAUGACUUCAACAAACUAUGCUUUUCUUCUUGGAAAAAAUUAAAUGAACAAUAUUCAUUAAUAAAAAAAGAUUAAAAAAUGUAAACGGUUAAAAAACUAUUUUACGCACCUGGACCUUACAUUUGAAACCAAAAGUGAUGGUAUUUAUGUAAUGCAUAUCACAUUGUGGCAGGGCGGAGGGCGGGACCGGGUCGUGAUUCCACACUCCCGGCCCCUAAUCAGGCUAAUCAAGCCUUAGAGAGGGAUAAAGGCCGACAGGAAGCUGCAGUGCGACAGAGACAGAUUUACAGAAAGCUGUCCGACACUUUUGUAUGUUUGUGUAUUUUUGUUUCAGUUUUAUAUUAAACUAUUAUAUUGUCAAGCCGGUUCUCGCCUCCUCCUUUCCAUUUGUCCCUUUACACACAUUUGUAUAAUUUCAAAAGUUGUUAAUCCGAGUUUCUUGUAACGCUUCACUUAUUCUUUCAACCAUAAAACCAGAUCCUCAUCCGUUGGUUUUGCAUGACUCCAACAAGAAACGAAUAGAGUAGAAUUAAUAAGAAUCAAAAUAUUACAAUUAUU